UCAAAUCAUUUUUUGUUCAACGAACGAAAAUUUUUAAAACUAACAUCCUCCGAGUGUUGUAUAAUUUUGUAUUUUUGUGAAACAACUGGAAUAAUAAAAGGCAAAAUGUGUAAUUCAAGUGCGCAAUAUAGAGUGGAAAGUGACUCCCUUGGAGAACUUCAAGUCCCAGCUGAUAAGCUUUAUGGGGUGCAAACUCAACGAUGUUUAAUUUUUUUCCCAAUCGGUGGUGAAUUUGAAAGACAGCCUUUUGCCCUUGUUAUUGCCAUUGCAGUUGUUAAAAAGGCUUGUGCCGAAGUAAAUGCAGAAUUCGGACUUGAUCCUUCUAUUGCUAGGGCAAUUUCCCAAGCUUGUGAUGAAGUUAUUUCAGGGGAACUCUAUGCUGAUCAUUUUCCAGUUCCUAUAUGGCAGUCUGGAGCUGGAACUGCAUCCAAUAUGAACGCCAAUGAAGUCAUUUGUAACCGAGCAAUUGAAAUUUUAGGUGGAAAAGUAGGUACCAAAACACCAGUUCAUCCACUUGAUCAUGUUAAUAUGGGACAAAGCACAAACGACAUUAUACCGUCCUCAAUGAAUAUUGCAGUCGCCCACGAGAUUAACAAAUCGUUGCUUCCAAGUCUUAAUAAAAUAAAAUCCAGUUUAAAUGCUAAAGCUGAAGAGUUUAGCAAGAUAAUUAAAGUGGGACGUACACACGUACAGGACGCUGUCCCACUAACCUUAGGUCAAGAAUUUAGCGGAUAUGUUGAACAGCUUAAUACAGGGAUAAACCAAAUUAAAGCGGCUCUUCCACGUCUUUAUUUGCUCAACAUCGGAGGUACUGCUAUUGGUACUGGUAUUAAUCAGUAUCAAAAUUUCGACAAGAAAUGUGUAGCUAAAAUAGCAGAAUUUACCGGAUUACCAUUCCAAGUCACUCCUAACAAAUUCGAAGCUACGGCUGCUUCGGAUUGUAUGGUUUUGAUUUCAGGGGUUCUUAAUCAUGUAGCAACAUCGCUUACAAAGAUUUCGAACGAUAUUAGGUUUAUGUCAUCAGGACCUCGAUGUGGCAUUGGCGAAAUAUCUCUUCCAGAAAACGAACCGGGAAGUUCCAUAAUGCCCGGGAAGAUAAAUCCCACUCAUUGUGAUUCAAUGGGAGCUGUUUGCGCCCAAGUAAUGGGAAAUCAUGUUGCCAUUACAAUAGCAUGCUCAAAUGGCCACUUUGAAUUAAAUGUCUUUAGAAUCAUGAUCGUUUCCAACGUAUUACAGUCCGUAAGGCUAUUGGGAGACAGCUGCUUGUGUACUGCAAAGUUUUGUAUUGAUGGUAUUAAAGCGAAUAUUCCAACUAUCGAAAAACAUUUAACGAAUUGCUUGAUGCUAGUUACUGCAUUGAACCCGCAUAUAGGAUACGAUCGAUCAUCAAAAAUUGCUUUAUAUGCCCAUCAUGAAGGAUUGACAUUAAGGGAAGCAGCAGAGAAAAUGGGAAUCUCAAAGCAGCAAUUUGAUGAGUGGGUUAAACCAGAGCUAAUGAUUCAACCACAACCUUACAAGCCCAAAGGAGGUUCAUGCAUAAAUUCUCGCUAGAUAUAUCGAAAAUGUGGUUCUUAAUUUCAAGUAAAAAUAUAGUCACCUAAUUUAUAGCAACUCUACAGCCAGUAAUUUACUUUAAAAUAGAAAAAAAUGUAUAAAUGUAUUUUUAUAAUUUAUCUAAGC